ACGACAAACGAAAACAAAAUAAGAUAUUGAAUUGCUAAAACAAUGAUGUGCGAAUUUAAACACUUUGAUUUGUAUGUUAGUAUAUCGACAUGCCAUUUCAGAUGGAUACAUUCUAAAGUAUUAUAACAGAGUGCUAUGAUUCAUAAUUCGAUACGGUAGAACAUAUAAAAAGAAAAUGCCCUGACGGAAUUGACAGCAUAGAUUAAACAUUACCGCUUCCAAACAUGGAUCAUAUAAGAACCAGUCGCCCUCCGCGUGUGUCUUCACAUAAGACGGACAAAUCUCGUGUGUCCGUUAAAAGUCUGCCAGCCAUCAAGACAACCUCACUUCACGAGACGCGGGCCCUCGGGCUUUCGUUGGGCGGCCGACACAGCACUACCGGGACCCCUCAAUCUAUAGGCAUGGCUACAUACAAGCAAGAUCGUUCCAAGCGUGUCAAAGCCGUGUCUUUCAACGAGUCUUUGAAUACCGUGGACGAUCUGAGUGAAGAAAAAUGGACAAAACAUUUUAGCGAUGUCACAUCCAAUGUUUCUAGUGAAACAUUUGCUAAAGAUAAACAAAGAACGCCAGGAAGUCAAACCGAGCGUCCGUGGUUGCACAACCCGGAUGUAGAAGUAUAUAGCAUGCCGCUCAGUACAGCGAGAUCAGUUCCGGUGGUCCAGUGGCGUAAAAUCAGUUCCGUACCGGAAGCGGAUGUUCUACGUGACACGGAUGACGUUGGUGGCGGAGGAGGGGGCGCUUCCGGUGACAUUGACCUCACGCGUUGUUUGAGUUGCGGGGAGGGCGGCCGAAUACUGAAGCUGCUGCCCUGUCUACACUCAGUCUGUCAAGAAUGCCUGGAGGUUAAACUUCAGGAGCAUCCAAGCCGCUCGUGGUUCAAGUGUGACCUCUGUUCUCGUCAGAUUCACAUCCCUAGCAACGGCCUCGACGGUUUCCGUGACAACAACUACUUUAACAUAUCCGACCAAUCAGUGACCGAGAAUGAUCGCUGUGACGUGUGCAAAAGUUGGGUACCGAGUUGUCGUUGCGUGGAGUGCAAAAGUGACCUUUGCACUGAUUGUGUCAACGACCAUCUUUCGAACGACCUUUCUAAGGAACAUUAUAUAGUAAACGUUACCAAAGAAAUGGUGGGGAUGUCCGCCAAGGAGACAUUUUGCGAGGAACACCAUCCUUUUACCCUUGACCUUUACUGCAUUUCCUGCUCAGAACCGAUUUGUGGUCGCUGUGCAAUUGGCAAGCAUACCAAUCAUAUUUGUGAAGAUAUCCAAACGACAGCUUUAAACAGACGGAAUGAACUCUUGCAAACCACUCGCCAUUCAUCAACACGAACGCUACGUGAUUUAAGGGACUUCGUGAACGCUUGUAAGAAGGAGAAGGGGAGUGUACAGGAUUGCUCAGCGAAAGCUGUAAAAGCUAUCCAAAGUCAUAUACAGCGCUUAAAGGAUGAAAUGGAUGUGAUAGGUCAGAAACUGGUUCAGGGUGUUUUAGAAACUGAAGCUGACGUUGUGGCAAGUUUGGGGAGAAAGAUGGACGACGGUGAAAAGAAACAAAAAUCAGUGCGGACGUCAAUAGAAACUGUGAAGAAAAUAGCCGAGAAGACCAGGGAUCUAGACCUGAUUAAUUUGUUUCAAGAAUUAAAGACAGCCGUUGAAGAUGUCAGGAGUUCUAGUAAGCCAACCCCUGUUCAGUGUGUAAGAAUGAAAUACAAACCAAUGUUUCAAUCUAUCGGAAUCUCUAUGGGUGGCGUGCGAACGCAUACUUAUCUAAAGAGGACUUUAGAUUAUGCGGAAGCUUGUUCACUAAGUUUCCAAAAAUUCAUCAGCUCUAUAUGUCCCAUAGAUGACUCCAAAGCCUGGAUAGGCUUCCGGAAGUAUGCUCAGAUUUGCUGCAAGGACGGAACUCUGGGAAUUCGUGUUGACAUGGAAGAACCUCUCGUUGCCAUAGAUACCACCACCUCCGAUGCUGUUUUGGUUGCCUGCAAGUCAAGCGUCAAGGCCAUAACUUCUAAACACACCCCAAGGUUCCUAUUUCGACUUACACAAGAACCGAGUGAUAUGAAAAUUAACGAAGGUGACAAUCUCAUCAUAUGUUUCAAGGACGCUAGGCGUGUUGCCAUGUACUCUACCCGAGGCAAGCCGUUACAUGAUUUCGACGUCCGUAACCUUGGAUACCGAUUUGGUCUCCGCCUGAACGAUCCGUGGAAACUUGCAACUGACGAAAACCAGAACACUUACGUAACGGAUUUCACUUCUGAAACGGUCGGUGUUUAUGACCGACAUGGUGAAAUUAAGUCGGCCAUUUCUACGAACGUGUAUCGGAAUGCGUCAAUGUGUUGUAACCGGGGACUACUUUUUGUCGCGGAUUUUAAGCGCGAUUGUGUACAAGUGCUUGCAGAGACUGGGGAACUACUUCAGACCUGCCAGACCCUCGGUAUAGGGUCCCCUUGUAGUAUUGCUGUUGAUAAGGCCGGCUGUCUUUGGCUUGGGUCAUGGACAGGUCAGAUCAAAGUCUACAGCCCGAGAUAAUGGCAAAACCAAGCCUUUAAUUCAUAUAAUAUAAAUUUGUGCAAAAAAACCCAGUUUAUUUUCCUUUCGAUGCAUUAUAAUGUUUAACUGAUUUGACUUUAAUGAUGAAUAAGCAUAUGGUUUGUGUACAGAUAAUUAUAAGCGAUAUUUGGUGUUUAUUUAACUAGUGAAUUUGUGGCCACGUAGCUGUUAAUUAUUAUUUUUUCUAUACAGACUCAUAACAUUUAUCGGCUCGGAUCAUGUUUUUGUUUUGGUUUUAUCUUUAAAAACAAAUGUGUUGAACAUAAUAAUGCAUAAAAAACAACAUCAACUUUUUGGCAUUAACCUAUAGAUAGAUUAUAAGUAUCUUCCAUGGCCGAGAGUGUAAGAUAGGUUCAUUCCGAUCCGAGCGUAGGGUGUUUUGCGGAAACGAGGUUUACACGAGCGGCUAUGGUAUUUGACAGCGGUUAUUCACAACUCUACAAACAGUACUUUUAUGUCUCCCAUGUGUGUCCCAAACAACCUGCAUAAAUGAACCUGAAGCGUAGUACCUCAGCGCUAUACAGACUUGUUCCUCGACUGACAGGCUACAACUUCUGUCUGUUUCCCUAGCUAGGUCCUCUCUCAGCAAAUCGGCCAAAUACUCUAUUCCUCUUCUUCCAAACCUGAACCUUCUUCUCAAUUCUUCAUCAUUUAGGCUUUCAUUUAAGUUUAUUACUCUAAAUUCUCUAUUUUUCCGUGGUAUAUUUACUAAACAGCCAAUUACGGCAGCCAUUUUGGUUUUCGUUAACUGAUUCGUUAAAAUUUAAAGUACCUUUUUCGUUAACUUAACGACUAAUCUGCCGAGUUAGCGGUCACGCAGCGUGCCCGAGGGUCGGAUUUUUCGAUCCGGACCGGAAAAACAUGAUUGAUAUUUUUUCUUGCAUACCUAAAAUUAUGAAUUUAUGGAAAAAAUGACGUAGAAAACGAACUUUCGUACAAUUACACCAAAAAGCGCGUGCUUACUGACGUCAUAGAGCGCAGUAAUUUUGAAUAACUAAAAAUAGCUUUUUUUACGAUGAAUUAUUUUCAAUUUUAAUUUAAAGUCUUGCAAACAUAUAUAUUUGAUUGCGCUUUAUUGAAAUGGCAUUCUAUAUCUUUCAUAAACCAUACAAUAGAUAAAAUAAGAAGUGGCGCGUUGUUGCGCGUGACUCAUCUUACAUGGGGUAUGUAAGAUGGGUUUUUCCAGCACUGGUCACAUGACCGGAAACACACGUCCGGUAUGCAAGAAUCUGUUAUUCAAAUAAGUUAUGGAUUGAUUGCAAUGAAGACGAGGAUGCUGAUCAUGAUAUAUUUCGGUUAAAAAUCUUCAGAAACACACGACAAUUUCAUCCACUUGUACUCAUUUGCGUGCUUUAUG